AUGGCCCAGCGCAAUCUCGACUGGGAUAGUGUUACCACUCUUGUUCGGGCUAUCUACUUGACGAAUUUCGUAGAUUAUCUCAAAAGGUCGCUGCUUUUGGAUCCGACUGCACCAUAUCUAGUAGAUAGUCUCUAUGGUGGGGGCACACCUAUAGCAUCAGGUGGUCAGGCCGGGGCACUUGGUGGUAGUGCCAGCUUCAAUAGUGGCUCAGUCGGUAUAAGCGGUAUUUCACCUGGGAUGAUAAAUGCUUCUAUUGGUGGAGCCGGUGCUGGAGUGGCUGGUCUAGGCUUUUCGGGAGCUGUAAUCAAUAAUGGAGGUGGGGUUGGUGGCCCGGAACGUAGUAGUGGUGGUAUUGGUCAUUUACAUCUCUCGUCAAUCGCAGGUGUUGCAGAGCGGGGAUAUCAUGGUCAUUCAUCGCAUCAUACUGUUUGUCCAGCAUCUGGUCCUUAUGGAUACCGACACCUCGGUAAGUAUAUAGUCAUGAGUAGUAGUGGACAGCAUGCUUGUUUAGACGAAUGA